CUUUGACGGACGCAGCAUCGUAGUUCUCCGUCCUUAUGAAGGCAAAGUGUGCGUUGUCCUUUUAAACUGUCAGCCAGCCGGACUCGCCACUGCCAGGCCCGGAGCCCCAGCGGUGCGGAGGAGACAUAGAGCCGGGCCGGGACUACUGUCACGAUCCCCGGGCGUGAGGAUCGUCCAGCCUCCCCUGCAUGAUCCCCUGCAUGAUCCCCGGCAUGUGGACCUGCGGUCUCCUUGAAUGACCUACACGCAGCCUACGGCGCCGCGCGGACGUGGUUCAUCCCAGCUGGACACCUGCUGAUCUCGGCGGCGCAUUAAUACACCUAAAAAAAAACAAGUCCCGGCGGGCCUGGUGCGGGACUCACGCCGACCCCGGAGCCGCUGACCCGGGACACCGGACCCGGGACGCGCCGCUAGAGGCGGAGCUGACUGGAAGUUAGUUUGGUUCAAGUCAUUCAAUGUUCGGAGCCGGUUACUAACCCGACGGGGGUUCCGCCAGGUGGGGGUUAUAAUGUACACCAUCACCAGAGGUCCCAGCAAACUCGUUACACAACGGAGGACAGGUCCUACACAACAGGUCGAGAGCAAGUUCAACGACUCCAAACUCAAGCCCACAUCUUGGCUCACGUCAAACUCUCCAUCCCCAAAGAUUGUGUUCAAUCGUGGUAACGGGAAGCGCCACAACUGUGCAUCCACACAGACGAGCCAGAGCCCGCCAGACGGAUUCACUCCUGCACACGAGGAAAACGUCAGAUUCGUCUACGAAGUAUGGCAGGAGGUGGAGCAGAAGCUGGAGGACAGAGACGGGGGAGAGGCAGCUGUCGGUCAGGGGCCCGUCCAGUACACCGAGAAGACCCCCAGCACUGUGAUGAAGAACUUCGUGCCUAUAGACCUUGAAGAGUGGUGGGCUCAGCGCUUCCUCGCCAACAUCGCCAACCUGUCGUGACUGAAGAGCUGCGGGAUGGGACGGUAAAGCUGGAGCUGAUGCUCCACCGGCGACUCGUCGCGAGGGAGGCAGAAUCCAGAAUCUGCGGUGCUCUGCGUGAAUCUGAUCUGAUGCUGUGCGCUUCAUGCUGGUGCAACAGCAGCGACCUGAAUGUGAACUCUGACAGCAUUGACUUUAUAUUUUGCUGAGUCUGAGGACCCGUCUCUACUUGAACGACGUAUGAGAAGCCGUGAGUUUUUUGUUUUCUUCCGUCUCCUCAAGUUUGCUCAGCUUGGCUGAUGUUUGGAUAUGAAGCUACUGAAGAGGUAAAAAAGUAAAAUGUUUUUCAAAAA